GCUGACCAAGGUGUGUGUCGUGAAGGUUACACGGACGGACUGUCCGGUCUUUCAGGGACAGCAGCCCCACCUGCCCAUGUGGCUCUGACUCCCGUUCUGUCCACGUCUCCUGGAGGUUCAUGAGAGACCAGCAUGCAGCUCCUCGCCCUGCUCCUGCCCGCGUUCACCCUGACGCUCGCCUCCUCCUUUUCAUCUCUCUAUAGUGAGGUGCCAGACAUCUUUGGUGAUGAUUCUGCGGGUUACGGGCCCGUGUUCGAGGAGCAGCCCGCCGACACCAUCUACCCGGAGGAGUCGCCCGAGGCCAAGAUCACCCUGAGCUGCCGAGUGCGGGCCGACCCCCCCGCCACAUACAGGUGGAGGUUUGAGAAGGUGGAGAUCGACUUCAAGAAGUCAGCCAACAACCACUACCGGCUCGAGGGAGGCAACCUGGUCAUCGACAACCCUGACAAGAGCAAGCACGUCGGCAACUACACCUGCGAGGCCACCAACGACUACGGCACAGUGGUCAGCAUGAAAGCCUCCGUCCAGUUCGGCUUCUUGGACUUGUUUUCCACGGAGGAGCGCGAGGCCGUCCACGUGAAGGAGGGCCAGGGAGCCGUGCUGCUGUGCGAUCCACCUCCGCACUACCCAGAUGACCUGUCCUACCGCUGGAUGCUCAACGAGUUUCCCAUCUUCAUCCCGCCCACUGACCGGCAGUUUGUCUCGCAGACCACCGGGAACCUCUACAUCUCCAAAGUGGUGGCGGCCGACAGCGGCAACUACUCCUGCUUCGUGUCCAGCCGCUCGAUCGCCAAGAGUGUGUUCAGCAAGUUCAUCCCCCUGGUGCCUCUGUCUGAACGUUUUCCACGGAAGUACCGAGCCGACAUCAAUGUCAUGUUCCCUGACACAAACGCCUUGGUCGGCCAGAACAUCACACUGGAAUGCUUCGCCCUGGGAAACCCCAUCCCCAAGAUCCGCUGGAGUAAGGUGGACGGCCAGUUGCCCCCCCUGCACGAGAUCAGCAUGGCCGGCGGCCUGCUGCACCUGAUGAAUGUGCAGUACGAGGACGAGGGCACCUACGAGUGUGAGGCCAUCAACAUCAAGGGCAAGCACGCACACAAGGCCAAGGUCAACGUGGAGGCGGCUCCUGAGUGGGUGGAGCACAUUGUGAGCGCCGAGCGUGACAUCGGCAGCUCCUACACCAUGUCCUGCGAAGCCAGCGGGAAGCCCAAGCCCCACAUCCACUGGAUGAAGAACGGCCACCCGCAGCACGGCGUGCGCGAGCUGAAGUUCAACGAGCUGACGUUCAAGGACUCGGGGAUGUACCAGUGCGUCGCCGAGAACCGCCAUGGUGUCAUCUACGCCAACGCGGAGCUGCGCGUGUUCGCGGGUGGCCCCACGUUCGAGCACAACCCGUUGAAGAGGAAGACCCUGGCGGCCAAGAACAGCCGGGUGGUGAUCGAGUGCAAGCCCAGGGCGGCCCCCAAGCCCACGUUCUCCUGGAGCAAAGGGACGGAGCUGCUGUCAAACUCUUCCAGGAUAUCGAUUUGGGGCGAUGGCAGCCUGGAAAUAAUCGACGUUACCAAAGCAGAUGAGGGGAGCUAUACGUGCUUUGCUGAGAAUGAAAGAGGGAAGGCCAACAGCACCGGCUAUCUCUCCAUCACAGAUGCCACCAAGAUCACCCUGGCGCCCACCAACGCUGACGUCACGGUUGGGGAGGCGGUCAGGAUGCAGUGCGCCGCGUCAUAUGACUCCACGCUGGACAUCACCUUCAUCUGGUCCCUGGACGGACGGGCCAUUGACUUUGACAGGAACCGCGAGCAUUACGAGCGUGUGGAUGGAGACUCGAGUGGAGAGAUGCUGAUUAAGAGCACACAGCUGAAGCACGCCGGCCGCUACACCUGCACCGCCCAGACGCCCGUGGACAACGUCACGGCGUCCGCCGACCUCGUCGUCAGAGGUCCUCCUGGACCCCCUGGGGGUGUGCGUCUGGAUGAGGUCCUGGACAGGUCCGUGCGACUGACCUGGAGUCAGGGCAAAGACAACCACAGCCCCAUCUCCAAGUACACCAUCCAGUACAGAGACAUGCGCUCAGGUGGACAGUGGAAGGAUGCUGUGACCUCGCCUCCAAAUGUGGAGGGGAACACAGAAACGGCCUCCGUGGUGGAUUUGAUUCCAUACACGGAGUACGAGUUCAGGGUCAUAGCUACCAACACACUGGGCACCGGAGAGCCCAGUGACCCCUCUCAAAAGGUCAUCACCAUGGAGUCAGUUCCUGUGGUGGCACCUUCGGAUAUCGGCGGAGGUGGUGGAAGCAGCAGGGAGCUGACUAUCACAUGGACACCUGUGCAGCCGGAGUACUACUAUGGCAAGGACUUUGGCUACAUCGUGGCUUUCAGGCGCGAGGACAGCGCGGAGUGGUUGAAGGUGACGGUGGCGGAUCCUCAGGCCAGACGCUACGUGCACAAGGACUCCACCAUCCCCCCCUUCACCAAGUUUGAGGUCAAGAUCAUGGCCUUCAACAACAAAGGAGGGGGUCCCUUCAGCCUCCCAGCAACUGUCUACUCAGCACUGGAUGUUCCAUCAGUGGCGCCCAGCAUCGUAGACAGCAGGGCCCUAUCGGCCACCGAGGCAAUACUCUUCUGGGCCCCUAUGACGCAGCCCAUAGAAGGCUAUCAGCUGAAGUACUGGAGGAAGCAAGUGGAGAACGAGUCGACCCACCCACCCAUCAUGGUGUCCAGCAUGGACAACCAUACUCGGGUGGAGAGGCUGAGGCCCAACUCGCUCUACAUUGUGGAGGUGCGGGCGCACAACUCUGCUGGACUGGGACCACCCAGAAGGGCUGAGUUUGUCACCAAGAAACCUCCACCAAGCCGGCCUCCAAAGAUCAUCGGCACAAAGCUGAACCCCAGCGGCUCCACCUUCAACAUCAUGUGGGAGCCCGUGCCCUCUCUGGCCAACGAGUCCAAAGUCGAGGGCUACAAGAUCCUCUACAGGCACGAUAGCCAUGCCACGGGAAUCUUAUAUUCAACACCCAAGCAGCAUAUAGACCUGCCCGUGCCCAAGGAUGGAGACCCUAUGGUGGAGGUCCGUGCGUAUACUGAAGGUGGGGAUGGGGCAGUGGCACAAGUGCGGAUCUCAGGUAGCCAAUUAGGUGGAGCCGGAAUGGUGGCCCCGUCCCUCAGCCUGGCCGUGCUGCUGGUGGUGGCGCUCUCUUGUGUGGGACUCUGAAUGUAGCGCCAUUCUUACCCGUCUUCACCCCCACCCUCGGUGGAAAGGACUCUGUAAGGAUGCUGCCCCGUGAGGACUCAGACUCUUUUCUUUCCACAGUCUUUGUUUGGUUUCGACCUCGCAAACCAAAAUGCCAUAGUUCCCUCCCUGGAAUACGCCUGUGGAAAAAAAAAAAAAAAAGAAAAAGAAAAAAAAACAUAUGAAAAAGACAGACUGUGGGGGAAAACGUUUCAGAAAGUACAAAGACAUCCUGGAUAUCCCUUAUAUAGUAUCUUCAAAAUAUCUUUGGAUGAAUGAUGAAGGGAGCUCUCUCAACCUGUUCAAUAUGCCUUAUAUAAAUCUCUUCAUUUAUCUUUCACAGAUGAACUACUUGCUUGUAUUGAUAUGGGUCGAGAAUCAUUUUCUUUUGUGGUUUUAUUUGUUGAGGUGUAAUGUAGAUCUGCCCAUAUGCAUGGGGGACGUUGUUGCCUUCAGGCAUGUUACGAGAUGUGUGUUGUGGAUGAAUUGCCCGUCUUCAACAAUAUGCUCCAUAUCUACUGCAAGUAAUUCACAAUGAAAGAUAGGCGUAGGGAUGUCAGAAAUUGUCUUACAUGUAGUUUGCUAUUAAGUGGCUUUUCCCUUUUUUAUUGUUUUAAUAAUAAAGCACACCCUCCCUUAACAGAUCAAAUCAAAUUACCCAACAAUUCAGGCAUAUAAAUGUACAAUAAACAUAAACUUCAGUAUUAAAGCUCAUAUUAUGCUAAUAUUAUAUGCAAUAAUUUAUAAGCUAUUGAUUUAUCCAUGAUCAAACAUUACUUUCUUACCAUAUCAACUCAUCCUUUAUUAAAAGAUAAUUUUAUUCAGAAUAGUGUGAUUUUGUUGCCCUAACCUGGACUUAAGGAGUUCAGUACAAGUAAUAUACUUCUGUGCAUGUAGACAUGUUACUUUGAUGGGAAAUACAUAAAUGCUAAGCUGUUAAUAAUGUCCAAUUGACUGCAGACGUUCAGCAAAGAGUGUUGUACAUGUUCAUGUGAAGCACAUUUAUCUGUGUUUGUAAAACUGAGUUGAAUGUACAGUGAUAUUCUGUGGCGAUGAGAAAAAGCUACACGCUUGGCUACCCAUGCAACUUAUGAUUUCAAACACAAGCACAACACCAUACGUGCUGAGGACAUGGCUCCAUUGACAUCAUGUCCUGUUAUCAUGACCAAGAUCAUGGCUGUGCUGUCAUUGCUUUGCUGUAAUGUUAUACCAAUGUUUUGAGAGUGUCAUGCGCCCAACGAUAGAGACAUCAGUCACAGUGAGGGGCAUAUUUACCCCAAAGGACAGGUAUAUCGAGCACAAAAAAAGGCCUUUGUUUUAAUCAUAUCAACAGAACCUCAGUCUCACAUGCUCUGUGAAGAAUGUCAACAUUUCAACUACUAUGUUAUUAUUUAAUACCCUUUCAUUGAAUUUUUUUAGAACUGCUUUAGUCAUUGUUUUCAUGGUCCGAGUAGCAGUAACAUGUAUACAGUCCUCUUCACACAGUUAAGUACAGUUAUGGUGCAAUGUCUAAUGAAUAGCAACCUGCUAUGAAUUGUUUGUUUUUAAAAUGACAACUUGCCUAGCUCUGUAAUAUGUUUUCUAAAUCUUGAUCUUCUGUCAUCUUUUUUAUCAGUUGUUGAAAAAAAGCGGAAGACAAAAAGCAUUCCACCCUUAACUAUGUGAAACCGUCCCUUGAGUACAUUAUAUCUGUUUGUACUGUUUGUCUGUUUUCUUUUUUUAAACUACUGUCUUUUUCUUUGUCUUUAUAACAUAUACAGUGUAAGUGUUCAAAGAUAUAUCAAUGUCAAAAUAAUGUCUUCUAUUUGUUGGUAAAUUACAUUAUGACCUGCGGUUUAUUUGAUGAUAGAGCUAUAUUUUAUUUCCAUAUGCUGCAUUUUCAUAGUCAUACCAGAGCACUCAAGGGAGAACCUCCAUGGAAUCAAAGUUUUGUAUGUUGGCUCUUAGCAUGGCAAUUCUAGCCAAGCGAUAUUGGAGAUGAAGAGGCUUUAAAUGGCCAUAAGGAUGGGGAUGAUAUAUUUAAGUUUGAUUCAUCUGUUUGAGGUCCUCGCUGGGUGUGACUGGACCUAGUCAUUGCUUAUCCCAUCGUGUGAAUAUAUGAAGAACCACCACAAAGUGCUUUUCCCUGUCUCCUUCAUGCAGCGAAUCAUCAGUGAAAGAAUUGCCAAAUGCAUGAACGCCUUUAACUUUUUGCAAUUUGUCAUAUUCUGAUAAAAAUGGUAUGUCCGCAGAUGCAUGAUUUUGGAAAAAAAAAUGGUACAUUCUGUUUGCUGAGGAGCUCCAUAUAUACCAACGGAUUGACAUUUACUAUACGUGCAUCUCAAUUUACUCCGAUCAUUUUGUUUGUUUGUUUGUUUGUUUGUUUUGUGGAGACAGAAGAUUAUUCAAUGGCCCACCCUCACAAACCUAAUCUGUGAAUCAUCUGCUUUGUUUCAGUAGGCUACAGCCAGUUCCCCUUGAUUAAUGGUAGAGACAAAACCAAACACCACUGACCAACUGUACAUUUCACCCAUUCAUGUAGGCCACUUGCAGGACCAUGUGCCCUGUAAGCGAGCAUUCUGUACCUCAUGAUAUCGGGGUCGGGGGUUAAAGUCAUCACUGUUGUUUGGCUGUCGGACAAAGGUUUGUGUAUGUGUGUGCGCGCGUGUUUGUGUGUGUGUGUGUGUGUGUGUGUGUGUCUGUCUGUGUGCGUGUGUGUGUGUAUGUUCUCUAAUGGGUGUCGUAUGAAGUCAAUUCAGUUCUGAGGAUCAGACUGAUCCGUGUCCCUUACCUGCCAAUGUUUAUAGUUACCCCACCCUUAGAACUGUCUUCACUUCAUAAGACACUAGAUGUGGUGUUUUUCUUUACCACUGGGUUAAUGUUUAUGUGUGUGAGGCUUACUUCAAUGUUCACGGCACAAACUUUUUGGGGGUAAAACCUGGCUCUCUCAUUGGCUGGAUUUGAAAUGAAUUAUGAAUUACAAUAAAGUAGUUAACUAUGA